AUGUUAGCGGCGUUCGGUGCUGUCUGUCUGACUUCUCCAAUUCGACCACAAGACCACUGGAUGUCAUCGAGAUCGCUAUCCAUGAGUGAUGCCAGGAAAGCUAUACUAGCAGGCAACGACUGCUAUGCCACCCAGAAAAUACGAGGGUUAAGACACUGCAGGUUGCCCAAGCCUAGGCAGGAGCGGUCGAGAUGCAGAGAUCGGGUUCGAAGCACGGACCUCCCGAGCUGCAAUAACUGUUCAGCUGUAACACCCUUUCGGUGCCUAGUUGCCAUGCCACCCGAAGGAAGCACGAGAGCUUGGGCUGCCAGUUUGUCAAGCCUAGAAAGGGAACUCGAGAGGCAGAGGUCGGGUUCGAACCACGGAACUUCUGGUCACCUAAAACCUAAUAGUGCCAUAUAUACAUGCACGUGUAUGAGUUUUCUGUGCUCCUCAAUUGAGAUACGGAUAACUCAAUGGAUAAGGCGCUGA